AGCUGGGUCUAAGAAGUAAUAAAAAAAGAAGGUAAUUGUCCAGUUUAGGUGCCCAACUUUACAACAUUAAACUUGUAAUUAGUGACAAUAAGCACUUUAUUUAAGCAUAAAAAUGAAACAGUAUGAAAAUCAACUUGUUUAGUUAUCAGCAACUGUAGCCGGCAGAAUGUGUUAUAGUUCUUGAAUUUGUUCAGAAUGAUAAAAUCAUGGAUGUGUAAUUGCUAGUGCAGCUAAAAGAACAGUGUCUAAUUUUAAGACCUACAGAUACAAACAUAAAAUGUUAAAACAAAAUGUAGGAAUAGGGUGAUACAAAAUGAUGAAAACCUUUCAUUUGAAACUUAAAAAAUAUAAAUGAUUUUAUUGAUAAUUAAAUGCAUUCCAAGAUUUAUGUGAUUAUUAUUUAUGAAAACUACAAUCCAAAAAUGUGCAUGACUUAAAAACUCUCUUUCUUUAGCUUUGAAUAAAACCUAUCAAAACUCUUAUUCUUUAGCUUUGAAUAAAACCUAUAUAACACAACCCAUUUAUUGUGGUCAGCCACCGACAUUUCAGGAAUUCUGAUUUUGUAAUCCUCUUUAAUAAAACAUUCAUUUGCAUUUUAAUGUUAUCAGAAUAUCAGUUAUGUUAUCUGCCAAAGGAAUUGGAAUAGCUUCAGGCCGAAACAUUGUUCAAACAAAAGAAAAGCAAGAUUCUUUAUGGUAUUUUCUGCAAUAGUAUUUUAGCUGUUUUGAGCAACUAAGUAACUAAGUAAAUUGCCUCUGGAAUUUUCUCAGGUGUCUUCAUUCUUUUGCUAAAUGAUAAAGACUAUUCCUUGAUUGAAUUUUAAAGCUCAUUCAACAAGUGGUGUGGGACAAAUGUGACUGUGUUUUGUGUUUAAUGACUGCUUAAAAUGUUAGGUUCCAUACUUAACUUGCUAUAAUAUGUCUGCAAACUAAACCCUAGGAACAAGAAUUAUUUUCACCACAAGACUAUUUUAACCUCAGUUUCAAGUAAAUUUUGCAGUGUAGAGUAUAAAUGAGGCCGGAAAGCGUUUCCUUUACACUUAUUUCCUUCUAAAAUAGACAGCUCGACAUUUGAUGCAUGCUUUAAUUCCUCUAUUGCUGCCACAUUUUGUUCCAAACAUCUUAAACAUUAUCUUCACCAACUUUUCUUUUAUAUAAAAAUGUAUCCAAUGGAUACAAAAUUUAAAAUUAAAAUUUCAUUAAUAAACACCUCAAUAAACAGUGACUUUUAAAAAAAAAAGUAAGUUCAAUUUUAACAAUUUUGAAACAUCAAAAUCUUUUCAUUAGCAAUAAUGAGUCUGAAUAAUCCCAAGUUGCACUCCAUAAGAAACCAUGAAAACUAAUGCAUGGGGCUAAAAUUAAAAUUUAAGAUCAACCAAAUUAGAAAAUAGGAAGUGCAUUUAGCGCAGAAGAAAUUUAGAAUGAUUUAGCCCUUAAAAAAUUCGAAACUGGUGUGUUUCUCUCCAGGAAAGGAAAGGAUACAGAGUAACAUUGCAUGAUCCGUAUUUAUGAUCCACUCCUUUGAUGUCUAAAUCAUUAUUGCAUAUUUUUGCGUGACACAUCUACAACCUGCAGGUGACACACUACUGUGUUGCCACCCACAGCUUGGAAAGCACAGCAAUAGUGUUUCACCGAUUAUAAAAUCAUCCGUUUACCAAAUAAUUGGUUUGCAAUUAAGCAGAUAUUUGUUUUUUAUUUGGCUUUGAAAUGCCUAUAAUAGGGGUGAAAUUAUUUAAUGUUGUUAAUUUAUUACAUUAUUACAUUAUUGUAUAAUGACCGAAAAUUAAAAUAUAUAAUUAUAUAAUAUGACAUAAUAAAUCACAAUUAUAGAGUUAAGAUUUGGAGUACUUCAGUAGGUCCCAAUGUGGAGGGCGUAUACUGCACUUGGGACAAUUUGAAGAUUAUGUGGGGAUAUAAGGACUGACAGGUAUGGAUGUAUUUACAUAUCAAGGGGCAGCAGAGUAAGACGGGACCUCUUUCUUUUUUAACUCCUCGGCAUGGGUCAAAAUUUUUUAAAAUUUCUGUGUAAAACUGAUGUAAAAUCUAGAAAAUUUAUUUUGUAUUAACCAUUGACGUAGUUAUUCUCCUAACGUUGACUAGUACGCAGACUAUAUUUUAUUAAGCCCAUUAUACUACCUGUGCUUAUUUAACUAGGCCUAAGUAAAAAUUAAUAAUAAAUAUAGGUCCACUAUGAUUGAUUAAUAUUAGGCACCAAUAAAAAAAAAGUAUACAUUUUUUAGACGCACUUAUGGUUAAAACUAAAAUAUAGAAAAUAAUAAACUCUGUCGUAUAGGCCUACUUACUACUAGAUUAAUUAAUGCAAGCAGCCUAGAUAGAGUGUUGAACUCAGUAUUUUUUAGGGUUAUCAGGGGUCUCAAACUUGUGGUUUGGCUUCUAAGCUUUUAUCCUGGCAUUGUAGCCCACUACCAUUAAGUCUAAGUUAUCCCUGACACAUGGCAUUGUUACAAUGUAACACAAUAAUCUUUAAUUCCGAGGGAUGAUGAUCCAUUCAAUGGCAUUCACAAAAUCUAGAAUCAAAUAAUAUUCCAUCAGUAGCGCUAAUUCUAAGUUGCCGCAUAAACUAAUCAGACCACAUUUUGAUGAUGACUAUGAUGCAACUUUAUAUUGUAGCUGUUACCUGAGGCUGAGCGAACAUCCCGAAGAUGCAUAACUCAAGUUUAUUUUUCUUUCCCAGAUGUCUCUUUUUACGAAUCCCAAUAUUUUUAGUGUGAGGGUGAAAUAAUCAAGAUUGAUAAUUAUGACCUUUGAAAUAUGGCUUCAUCAUCUAAGAAAAUAAAGCUGCUGGAAGAAAAAGAGUAUUCCGGUUUAAGUGGGCGGCGAAUAUGUAAUUUGUCACAGAGGCCAAAGGUAAAGUUCAAUGUGUUAAUUUGCCUUCAAACAAUAGCUGUGCUGAGAGUGAAAGAAUAUUAGAUUCCUUAACAAUGCACAGUGAGAUGUUGAUGUCAUCACAAGCAACACAAGAGAGAAGAAAGGCAAGAACUUGAACUGAAAUUAGCUUUAUCAAAUACAAGACUAAUUUCUUUGCAGCAAGCCAAAGAAGAUGCAGUAAUGACAAGCUUUCUAAUAAGUAAAAAUAUUGCUGAACCAUCAAACCCUUUAAUUUACAACAGGUCUUUUUCCUUGUGUCUGUUAAAAAAACUGAAAUUUUUUGUUUCGAUGAUCAUGACUUAUUUCAAGAAAAAAGCUUUUCUGCUUAUCUGCUAUUACAGAAUUAAGGAGCUAGCAGGCAACGAAAACUAACUACUGAUUUGAAAGAUUAGAAACCUUUUAAAAACAUUUUGACAAGAGUACACAUUUUUGUACCGGUACAAUACUUCACCAUGUGAAAAGUUUCUUAACUGGCACAGACGUCAACGCAAAUGUAACAGAAGAGUUUGCAGACUUAGUUCCACUGAGGGGUACCACCAAACUACUUUGAGAUCACUCAAGUAGUUCCAUUGAAGGGUACCACUGCUCAACUCUUACAUCACUCAAGAACUAGAGAAAUACAUAGGAAAAAGUAACACAUCUAUUAAGCUCUCAUUUUCUCAACUGGGGAGUCACAUAUUAAUUGUCUUCAGUCUGCUGUCAGGGUGAUUUGAGUUAGAGACCCCUGAAGUGUAGGCUAAAUAAUAUAGUAAUAGUAUUAUGUAAUACUAUGUUUGUGUUUUGAACAAUAAAUAAAUGACCUAGUGUCUGUUGUAAGAGGUGCUUCAUUAGUGCUUCACCAUUAGUUUACACCAAAAAAAAGCAACAUAUUGCAUAAGAAAUGAGAUAAUAAAAAUAUUAAACAUACGGUACCGUAAAAAAGAUUUUAUUUAUAACAUUUUUAAAACAAUCAAUAAUCACCACUUGAGACACUCUGGAUUUGAUACAAAACAUUUCGUUUCAUUUACCUUAAGUCUUAAGUUACUUUCACUUAAUCAUUUAUAUUUAUAACCACCUGAUACAAACAUUCUGUAGCCCACUUAAAAUUACUGUUCACAAAUUUCAAAAACAGGUCUUUGAGCCCGGCCCAACCAUGUCUCAAGAUGGCAGCGAUGUGGACAACGAGAAUGUUCAGAAUGUAAGUAGAAGUAGAAUAAAUGAAACUUUAAAAUAGGUGAUUGCACUAGAGCAAAUGCUUGCAAACUUGUUGAGCUUAUCAAUAUCUCAAAAUACGUCUGUUAUCCCCAAAUGUUGUGAAGGUGGCACAAUACCUUUUUAUUUAAAAUUAUUCUCACAAUUAAAAAAUACACUAGAAAAAUUAAUGUGUACGGGUAUGAAACUUCCCACCAAAAUAAAGGGCAACAACAAAUAUAAAAAUACUUAAGAAAAUAGCACAUUUCCUCAUUUAAUUCAGAAAGAAAACUUUUAUUGUUGCAGUUAGCAUUAAAGUACUUUCUGUGGCCAGGAGAAUGCAGUGUGGUGAGCUCAUUGCUCACGUCUGUUGAAACCAUCAUUACUUUACAAACAUUGUAUUAUCACAGAAUGUAUUUACCCGGUACAAAAAAUUUGUGAAAAUCUUUUUAUGAUUUUUUUCCCCCUGUUAUUUUUUUAAGAGACAGCAUAGACUCUUUGAAGUUGCUUUCCAAAGCUGGAAGUCGGGACUUUACACGGAUGUUACGUUUUUGAUUGAUCAGGAGAAAUUCCCAGCUCAUCGGCUAGUCAUGGUGGCCUUGUCAGAUUACUUCUCAGCUUUGUUUAAGGUAAUUCUAUUUUUUUGAAAUUCAGAUUUAAAUAUUACUCAUGUAAGUGAGCAGAUAAAAAAACUUGUAAAAAUUCAGCUUUAACAUCAGCAAUUUAAAAUUCUUAAGUCAUAUUUCCUGCUCUUAUUUUUUAAAAAAUCAUAACAAUAUUUUAAAUAAUAUAUAUUUUUUAAAAAAACACAUAGUGGUAAAAAUAUUUUUCAUUUAGUGCACGUUGGGUUGACUUUUUCGGAUAAAAAAUUUUUUAAACUAAAAAUGCCAUGUUUAAAAGAAAAUAAGAAUAAUACGAAUAAGCUAUACUAAAGAUCAAGCUUCACUAAUACUAAAUUUUUAAAAACGGUUAUGAAAUAUGUUGCUCAUUGUCUUGGCGAAGUGUUUUUUAUUUUUCUUAUUUCAUUCUAAAUUUCGGUAUAUGAUAUGUUUUUGUGUGAGAGUCAUUUGUUUAAAGUAACCAACUUCACCCUUUGAUUUUGUGUGUUGAGAAAAAAAUGUAUGAACCAAUUUUCUUCCUUGUAAAUGUUCGCACUUACAAAUUUUUUAUGGUAAGAGUCGGAAAAUAUCCCUCUCUUGUACAAAUUGAUAUUUCCCACCAUACAUGUUUUGUCUCCUCUGUAUUUUCUGUAGAAUAGUGAAAAGGAGUCUGGUGACAUAACCCUCCACAAUAUAUCACCAGAGGAUUUUGCCAUUAUUUUGAAGUUUGCUUACACCGGUCAAGUUGAUGUGACAAGUGACAAUGUUCAAAGUGUGCUCACUGCAGCAGACUAUUAUCGAAUUGACACCAUGAAGAAAGAGUGCAGCAAGUUCAUGGCAUCCUCUUUAGAUGUGGACAAUGUCUGCGAUGUUUUAAUGUUUGCCAUCAAAUACUCUUUGCCCAGCCUGGAAGAACAAUCCCUCGCUUUCUUGAGACAAAACUUGGAAAGUAUUUUCAAAACAGAAGGGUUCUUUCAAAUUUUGGAUCCGUUGUACUUGGCCAAAAUACUGGAGGAUGAUAACUUGGUUCUAUACAACAACAAAGUUCUUCUCAAGUCUGCAGAGAGAGAAAUCCUUGUCUUGAACACAGUGCUACAGUUUUUGACUGCGAGAAGAAUUGAUGAUCCGUCAGUUUUUCAAAGACUGAUAAGAGCUGUCCGGUUUCCUUUCAUCCCAGAAGACGCCUUGAAUCAUUGCUUAGACAACUUUGAAAAAAUUGAGAUGGAUUUACACGAGGAUAUAAGGCUGAGGGAGGCGGUAGAGGCGGAGAGAGUGGCUGCAGAAGUCCCAGAGUCGUGGUCACGGCCUAGAAAAUUUACAUCACCUGAGAUAUAUAACACGGGAAGAAGAAAGCGUUAUGCUGCUGGAGGGCAGAUACAAAGGUCUCCUGAACCGCCAGGUCACUUGGUUGAAGAUCUAAACCUUGAAAUCCAUAGGAUUGAUUUGUGGAUCCGACUGUGGGAUGGCCGUCCAGUAAUUGGGGGCCUGCAAAUCAGAUAUCGGGACCCUAACUCGGGUCACCUGUGUCCAUCUGUGUAUGAGAAAGGCGAGUGCCAACAGGGUAUUGAGCACCAUUAUGUCGAGCUGCAGAAAAAUGAAUUUAUUACAAAAGUUAUCAUCGGUAGCGGCUACCUGGUAGACAGACUUGGCUUUGAAACUAACUUGGGUAGAGACUACGGGCCGUUCGGAGGUCCAGGGGGCUCUGAGCAAAGAGAGGUGGCCCCUGACAGUCCAUUCUCAUAUUUGUUUGACAUCAACUGUGACAGCACGUCAACACAAGGUGCAGAUGCUGUCUUUAACCUCAUGCUGCGGUGGGUGGCAUUUAAAGAAUAAUGCCUUGAAAUUUACAUCAGAAAUUGAUUUCAAUUGAAAGGUUAGCACUUUUUGUGAUUUAUUAAAUAUUUUUUAAAAACAAAAUUAUUGUUGUAGAUUCUAGGAUUGCAACAAAAUUAUUGUUGUAGAUACUAGGAUUGCAACAAAAGUAUUGUAGAUACUAGGAUUGCAACAAAAUUAUUGUUGUUGAUACUAGGACUGCAGAGGUUUUUUUAAAAAAAAAUGUCCAUAACUGGGACUUGAGAUGAAUGACUGUAACACCAGGUUCAUAGUGAUAAAUGCUUUCUUCUGCAGAUCAAAAUUAACUGACAAAAUGGACACCCCCUUUUCAAUGUGUUUUAUUUAUUUGCUCAUUUAAUCUGCCAUGACCAAAAUUUAAAAUUAACCAAGAUUCAACAUCUGUUUAAAUUUCAAUGACUUUGACAGCAGCUUAAAAAUGUCCACUGUCACUGGCGCAAGUCCUGAUGAAAGUUGUGUUUCAUGAAUUCUUGAAAUCAUUUAACCAGAUCUUCAUAUGACAUGCCUCAAUUGCAAAUGUUUACUUGUUCUUUUUCUUAUUUUGUUCAUUGCUUCCUAUCAGUGAUUGCAAGGAGAAUGAUGGGCCUUUGUUAAAUUAUUCCUAGUCAUGCUCACUGCUCCUAUAUAAAACUGCUUUAUAUGUGGCCUUAUUAUUGUUAUAUUCACAAGCUUUCAAGUCAUAGAACCAGUUUGUGCUGGCAAAAAAAAAAGUAUUUCUAUAAAAGCAAAGCAGAGAUACAGGUUGUAUUAAAAUUAAUUCUUCCUGCACUGUGUAGUGCAACAAUUUGUUUCCACAUUUCCCUGUGCACAGACACAUUGACGUAUGUCCAAUUUUUUAAAUGUCUCCCUCAAAGUCUUUCUUGUUUCCCCAUUUAUGGUGUAUAGCAAAGGCUGUAUGCUCAAGACUGAGCAGCAGAGACCAUUAUGUUGAAUCCAGUCACUGCACUCUGCUCCUUCUUUGUUCACAUUGGCUAAAAAUUUGCUGAAAUCAGAUGUUUAAAGAGAAGUGUACAUUGUCAGUGGAGGAGUUUCUUGUGUAUGAUGUAUAAAUGAAGUAAUUAUUUCUCUCAUUUCAAGUUAUCAAUAAUUUGAAAGAGUCCCCUUAUUUGGAUGUUCAUCAUUGAACUGCUUUAUCUUCUAUUCCUGGUAGUCAAGUUUAUUCAGUAAUAACACUUGUAAUUAUAUUUGAUCUUAUAUAUACCAUUAAUUCCUUUAUUAAUUUGAACCUUUGGCAUCAACCCUGCAAUAUUGAUUACUUUAUAUUACUGUAAAAAACAAAAUACAUGGCUUGGUUUUUGUACUUUGAAGAAUAAUUAAAGAUUUAUGUUUUUUUUUCCCCUGAUUUUAAUGGAUUUUUGUGUGCCUGUGCAGACAAACCACUUAUCUUGUUACAUUAUUUUGUCAAUGUUUAAAAUACC